AGGGGCCACGACGCAAAUUACACCUAGGUUUUUACACCUCCUCGUCCCAACUCCCAAACCACGCCGCCACCUCACACGCCGGCGCACCUUCCGCCGCCGCCGUCGUCCCCCCUGAGAAGCGUCGACUCCGGCCGGGGCGGGCAGCGGUGGGGGAAGGACUCGUGGACGGGCGGCCGCAGAUCGGUUGGAGUCGCCCGCUACCUCCUCCCUUGGAGCAACGCGGUGCUGGAUAUAGUCUUGUUUAUAUCCUUCUGCUGUUAACUUCAUCACAAGGAAAAUGGCGAGCAAAGCAGGUGGUGACGACAAAGAAGCCAUAAAUGAGCAAGUAAUUGCACAAACUUAUGGGAACAUGCGCUCUGAGAUGACUCAACUUUACACCAAGAUUACAGAGCUAGAGAUGGAAGUCAGUGAACACUCUCUUGUGAUUGCUGCAAUCGAGCCACUGGAUCACUCAAGGCGCUGCUACAGAAUGAUUGGUGGAGUCCUAGUUGAAAGGACCAUCAAGGAAGUCUUGCCUGCGGUGCAGCGUAACAAGGAGGGCCUUGAUGAGCUCAUCGCUCGCAUGCAUGAAGCACUGGAGAGGAAAAAGAAGGAGAUCACUGAGUUUGAGCUGAAGUACAAGAUCAGGAUCCGGAAGGCAGAUACCAAUGCUGAGGAAGAAGGCAGCAAGAAGGAAGGGUCUGCACAGGGCGUUCUUGUUGGUCCUGCUGGCCAGUAAAGCCAAAUGGCAUACCUACAUGCUAUCCCUUGCUAGAGAUUAUGGAAAGUUAGGUUGCACUUUGCUAGAUUUCAACUGAUACCAGUCUUUCUGUCUAUUUGUGUGUGUGGAUGGUAUGCUUCUUUGGAACGGCCGAAUCCUUUCCAUGCAACAUUAAAGCCUAUGCUAGAUGAGAUUUUGUGCA